UUUGCAAUAAAUAUUUAAAAAAAUUAAUAUACAAAAACGUUAUAGUAAAGUGUUAGAAAGUGAAAAGUGCCAUAAUAUUAGUGAAAAAGUAUUCACAAUAUACAAAUUAUCAAUUUAAAAGUGGUCAAUUUUUUAACUUUAAAUGCAAAUAUCUUUAAAACUAUAAGUCAGCGGCUUUCCAGUAAUACCCAUUUUAUCCCCGAAAAUAGGGGAUGCUAUUCUAAAUACCAGCCAAUUUAAUAGGUGUGUGAUAAGAACGUUCGGGUACAAUAAUCCAAUAUAUACAAAAUUAACGCACAUCCGUUGCCUGGAUGCUUGACCGAGGUUCUAGUCCUUAUUGUUAUAAGGAAAGUACGAAGAGAAUUGGAUAAGAGUCUCAACUUGGAUAAAGUUAUGCCGGAUGUAGUGCACAGCUUCCUUUUUAAGUAUGUAAUAUGACUAAAUUAACAAUUCAGUAACAGAAACAAAUGUACAUAUGUACAUCAUGCACAAACAUGCACACAUACAUAUACAUAUGUAUAUAGGUAUAUAUGUAUGUUCAUAAAUGUAUGGAUGUCAUCUCCGUGGAGCAUCUUAGCAACAUCGCAAGCGCGGCAACACCCUAUUUUGCUCAUCCUAGCAAAGGGGGUCGUAUAAAUACGAGUCUAUUUUUUCAUAUGCCAGACCAUGAGGAACACAUUUAAUGUAUUAUGCUUUCUUCGGUGCCAUUCUUUUGCGAGACGAUUUCGCUGUUGUUGCUAUUGAUGUAGCUUCCUUGUUUGCGUUGUAUUUGCUUGUGAUUUUGUGCCAACAGCGACGAGGUGGUUGGCCCUGUUAACACCAAUACUUACACUCGGCCAGGGCUUUGUCGCAUGUGUUCGCCUGAUGUAGAUGCCGAAGCGAUGCGAAGUGUUUUGUGUGUGGAAAUCCUGCAAUGCCAUAAGGCAAAGGCUAAAGCCAGAGCAUUUUACGACAGCACUAUCAGUUGUUCGACAUUGUUCCUGGCAAAAGGUUGUCCUGACGGCUGACAUUGCGAAAUCUCCACUUGUAGACCAAAUACUCACACAAACAAAUUGCUCACAACCAGUUUUGGUAUACCCACAAAAUGUGAAAAUAUUUUUAUGGAAAAGUUAUCUAAUCGUUUUGAAAGUGAAGAAAUUUUAAAGUAUGGUUCAAAGUGUCCAGGAGAAAGUGGAUAUUGUUUAGAUGUGUUGAAGAGUUGGAAAAGUAAAAAUAUGUUACAUACAUAUAUACAAUAUGCCCUCUCAUAUAUGUAUAUUUGCUAAGUGAUCUUAUGUAAAAUUUGCGGCACGUAAGCGGUGAAAGUGAAAAAAUAUUGAAACUUCUUUCGAAUAAUUAUAAAUAUUUUAGAGAAAGUAUGCACCAUAUAUGUAAGAACAAAAUUAGAUAGUAAUACGAUAAACAAAAGUUUAACGUGUGUGCCUGCACGUAAGCGUUCAGUGAAUUUUAUAUCUGCAUAUAUACAAAAAUAUAGGAAAAUUUUCUUUCAAAUUAAAAGCUCAAAAUCGUUUGGAAACUUAAUUAAAUUAUUAUUCACUUUAAAACAUAAAAAUUAUAUAAUCGCCGAACUAAAAUGGCACAAUUCGUAACGCACAUACAACCGACAUUACUGGAGGCCUCGCAGGGUCAUGUACCACAUCACCAUGGUCAUCAGGUUGGUAUGCAGCACUCAUCACAUUUGCCUCAUAGCGGCCAUAACAUGCCGUCGCCGCCAACAUCACACAAUCACCACCCGCAUUUGCAUCAUCAGCAUCAUCAGGAACAACAGCACCACAACCAUCGCCAUAGCCCACCAUCGCAACUGUCGUCUCCGCCAAGUGGCGCACCCAUACACCAUUAUCACAUGGGCAAACAUGGCGCCAAACAUGAGCAUUUUGGACAUCACAGCUCUGGCGAUGGAAACACGUCAUUUCUACGCGCUGCUCGAGCUGGUAAUUUAGAACGAGUUUUGGAACAUUUAAAAAAUAAUAUUGACAUUAACACAAGCAACACUAAUGGCUUGAAUGCACUGCAUUUGGCUUCGAAGGAUGGGCAUACGCAUGUCGUUUCGGAGCUGUUAAAGCGUGGCGCUAUUGUGGAUAGUGCAACAAAGAAGGGCAACACAGCACUACAUAUUGCUUCGCUUGCCGGGCAGGAAGAGGUGGUGAAACUCUUGCUUGAACAUAAUGCCGCCGUGAAUGUACAAUCGCAGAACGGCUUUACGCCACUCUAUAUGGCUGCGCAGGAGAACCACGAUUCUGUUGUGAAGCUGCUGCUGGCCAACGGCGCCAAUCAAAGCUUGGCUACUGAAGAUGGGUUUACGCCACUGGCAGUUGCUAUGCAGCAAGGACACGACAAAGUCGUCGCCGUGCUCUUGGAGAGCGAUACACGCGGUAAGGUGCGUUUGCCUGCAUUGCAUAUUGCGGCCAAGAAAGACGAUGUGAAGGCCGCCACACUACUUUUAGAUAACGAUCACAAUCCUGACGUGACUUCCAAAUCUGGCUUUACACCGUUGCACAUUGCUUCCCACUAUGGCAAUCAAGCCAUCGCCACCCUACUCAUACAAAAGGGUUCCGACGUCAAUUUCGCCGCUAAGCACAAUAUCAGUCCGUUGCAUGUUGCCGCAAAAUGGGGUAAAACAAAUAUGGUUUCCUUGCUGUUGGAGAAAGGUGCUAAUAUAGAGGCCAAAACACGCGAUGGUUUAACCCCGUUGCAUUGUGCGGCUCGUUCCGGUCACGAGCAAGUUGUCGACAUGCUAUUGGAGCGCGGCGCCCCGAUUAGCGCUAAAACGAAGAACGGUCUCGCACCGCUACAUAUGGCAGCGCAGGGUGAGCAUGUAGAUGCCGCACGCAUUUUGCUCUACCAUCGUGCACCCGUUGAUGAAGUCACCGUCGACUAUUUGACGGCGCUACAUGUGGCAGCACAUUGCGGGCAUGUGCGUGUCGCUAAGCUAUUGCUCGAUCGCAAUGCCGAUGCCAAUGCACGUGCGCUCAACGGUUUCACCCCGCUGCACAUUGCUUGCAAGAAGAAUCGCAUAAAGGUCGUGGAGUUGCUGCUGCGUCACGGUGCUAGCAUUAGUGCCACAACGGAGAGCGGCUUGACGCCGCUGCACGUAGCCGCUUUUAUGGGCUGCAUGAACAUUGUCAUCUACUUGCUGCAACAUGACGCUAGUCCAGAUGUGCCGACCGUGCGCGGGGAGACCCCACUACAUUUGGCCGCACGUGCAAAUCAGACUGAUAUUAUACGCAUUUUGCUGCGCAAUGGUGCUCAAGUGGAUGCACGUGCACGUGAACAGCAAACGCCGUUGCACAUCGCCUCGCGUCUCGGUAACGUAGAUAUUGUUAUGCUAUUGCUGCAACAUGGCGCUCAAGUGGAUGCCACCACCAAAGAUAUGUACACUGCUUUGCAUAUUGCGGCCAAAGAAGGUCAGGAUGAGGUCGCUGCCGUUUUAAUCGAAAAUGGCGCAGCUUUGGAUGCUGCCACGAAGAAGGGCUUCACACCACUGCAUUUGACAGCCAAAUAUGGUCACAUCAAGGUUGCUCAAUUGUUGUUGCAAAAGGAGGCGGAUGUGGACGCACAGGGAAAGAACGGUGUUACACCAUUGCAUGUGGCCUGUCACUAUGAUAAUCAAAAAGUCGCUCUUUUGCUGCUGGAGAAAGGUGCCAGCCCGCAUGCUAUAGCUAAAAACGGGCAUACACCGUUACAUAUUGCGGCACGUAAAAAUCAAAUGGACAUUGCUACAACGCUAUUGGAGUACGGCGCACAGGCAAAUGCGGAGAGCAAAGCUGGUUUCACACCAUUACAUUUGAGCUGUCAGGAGGGGCAUGCCGAGAUAUCGAACUUGCUAAUCGAGCACAAGGCCGGUGUCAAUCAUCCUGCCAAGAAUGGUCUAACUCCAAUGCAUUUAUGUGCCCAAGAAGACAACGUGAAUGUUGCUGAAAUCUUGCAACGCAAUGGCGCCAACAUUGACAUGGCCACCAAAGCCGGCUAUACGCCACUGCAUGUGGCCGCACAUUUCGGUCAGGCAAAUAUGGUGCGCUUUUUGUUGCAUCACGGCGCCAAUGUAGACGCGGCCACAUCUAUCGGUUAUACGCCAUUACAUCAAACUGCUCAGCAAGGACAUUGCCACAUCGUUAAUCUGCUUUUGGAGCAUAAAGCGAAUGCCAAUGCUCAGACGGUUAAUGGACAGACCCCGUUACACAUUGCACGCAAACUGGGUUACAUAAGCGUUUUGGAUUCAUUGAAGUCGAUCACGAAUGAGCCGGAUGCGGCAGCACAAACUCAAACUGACGAGAAGUAUCGUGUCGUUGCACCGGAGGCAAUGCAUGAAUCAUUUAUGUCCGAUUCGGAGGAAGAAGGCGGUGACACAAACGAUUGGGAUCCUUGUUAUGGCAUUAAGGGUGAUCAAAAUACGAAUGAAGACCACGUUUACCUUCCAUAUUACCAGGGCGAAGCAUUCUUUAUGUCUAGCGAAGAUAAUAUGUUAUCCGAUCAGCCUUACCGUUAUUUGACAGUUGAUGAAAUGAAAUCCUUAGGCGAUGACUCCUUGCCAAUCGAUGUUACACGUGAUGAACGCAUCGACUCCAAUCGCAUGAUGACCCACAGUGCUGAGUAUGCUGGUGGAGUCGGUGGCCCAUCGCAACCGCAGGCCAUCGCAGAAGAGCUUAUCAGUCCACACAAGGCUCAAGUACAUGGCAUUGGGAAAUCUUAUGUGGACGGUAUUUAUAUGGGUAAUGGUCUCAAUGAGGAACAAAAAUAUAUGAGCCGAAAACUUUCUUGGAAAAGUUUCCUUGUAUCGUUUCUGGUGGAUGCUCGUGGUGGUGCCAUGCGUGGCUGCCGUCACAGUGGUGUGCGCAUGAUUAUACCUUCGCGCUCCACUUGCCAGCCAACGCGUGUGACUUGCCGUUACGUUAAACCGCAACGCACCAUGCAUCCACCCCAGCUAAUGGAGGGUGAAGCUUUGGCCAGUCGCGUGUUGGAGCUGGGUCCCGUGUCCACCAAAUUUAUUGGUCCCGUUAUAAUGGAAGUACCACAUUUUGCUUCGCUCCGUGGCAAAGAACGCGAAAUUAUAAUUUUGCGCUCUGAUAAUGGCGAAACCUGGCGGGAGCACACCGUCGACAAUUCGGAAGAAAUCAUGCAUGAUGUGCUGCAACAAUGUUUCGAACCCGAAGAAAUCGCACAACUUGAAGAGCAAGGUGGCAAUCAUGUCUGUCGAUUUGUUACCUAUGACUUUCCACAAUACUUUGCUGUGGUCUCGCGUAUACGCCAAGAGGUGCAUGCCAUCGGACCCGAGGGAGGCAUGGUAUCCAGUACAGUGGUGCCACAAGUGCAAGCUGUUUUCCCGCAAGGUGCACUCACCAAAAAGAUCAAAGUGGGCUUGCAGGUAAAUCUCUUUAAACCACGCAAAGGUGUUGCACCAGAAAAAUUGCGCAAAAUCAGCGUUAAUCAUGUUCCAAAGAAGAAGCGUUUCUCACUUAUUUGGUAAACUCCAUAUGUAAUAGAAUUAUUACUAGCUAUAUGCAGAAUGCGUACGUAUAUAAUAUAUAAGAAAGAAUAUAUAUUCAUCAUAACAAAUUUUGAAAAUUAGUAUACAAUUAGAACAACAUAACGUUACAGUUAAAUAUAUAUCAAUUAGUCUUAUGAUGAUGUAUGAUGUCAUAAAACAUAAUCAAUAUGCAUUUAUAUUAUGGUGAAAACAUAGCCGCAAACUACCAUAAUCGAGAACAAUUUGAAUCUAAACAUAAGAUUUGGUUAUGCUCUAUGUAUAAUGUUAUCAUCCAAUAGAAUGCAGUACAGAUAGUAUGUUUUGGAGAUACUGUUACCUUCGGUCUACCGAAUUAUUGCUAUUUCGCGUAAUCUGAAGGGUUAUUUCUCAGAAUAAGAUACUAUAUUGUAAGAAGUAAAUAAUAUAUUCUUCGUAAAUCAACUAUUUGUAUCCUACUUUUCUGCAUUCAGUAUAAACCUAGUCUCUCACUUAAAACUAGUCUAAAAAUAGCUUAGUAGAUAUUACUUAUCGAGCAUAUGAGUAGAGAAGAUUGCUAUCAAUUUGAUUUAAAAUAGGCGAAGAUACACAAUUUAUAAUUUUAGUUAGAAAAAGUGCAUGUUAUAAAGGUAAAUAAAUCCAGCGCAAACAUACAAACAAAGUAAUAUUCAGAAUAGUUUACAAAACGAUCCAUAUCGUAAAAUAACUGAAAAUCAAAGAAAUGAAGUGACUGGUAAACGAAAAUUCCAUGCUUUUGAAAGGGAUUAUUAAACAACAGACUCAGUAAACACAUUGGUAGUGAAGUGGCGUCGGGGCAUCUCGACAGGACAAAAUUCAUGGCAUACUAACUGUCAAAUCUAUUGCUAUUGCCAUUGCCAAAUCUGU